AUCAGAAAGAGACCGGCCAGGUCUCAUCGCAACGGUUACUCCUUCCUAUAACGAACUUUUCCCUCCCUACAUGGCAAAUGGUACAUCCCCUGCUCUGUUCUGCUUCUUCGCGCGUCCUCCCUGCCUAUAAAAACAGUCAAUGCCCCGCUUCGCUCGAUCCGUUUCCCAGACCCACACACGCAAGAAGCCAGCGCGCACAACAGAACGAACGCCACAGCGCGAGUGGAGUCGGUGGACGAGACAGAGAGGGGGAGGAACGACGGCGACGGCCAUGGAGACGGUGGCGGACACAGAGGGGUGGACAACUGGGCGACAGCACCGCAGCGGCGGCUUCUGGUUGAGAACGGAGAUCGAGACGGACCGGGGGGUCCCCAUUCCCAGGGGCCCCGGGUUCGGGUUUGCCGCCGCCGUGCGGGAGCCGCUGGUGAAGCUCCGGCGGCCCCGGUAUGACUUCGAGAGGUGGGACUGGGGCUACUUCGUCUGGCCUCACGACCGUCUCGACGCCAAUCUUGAGAUGAGGGACAGUGACCCGGAGGCGACGCUUGAAGCCGACUUGAAGGCGGGCGAGAGCUUCGUGAACCAGAGAACGCUGCAGCUGGAGAGCUACGAGACGUCCCAGCGCAGGCAGCAGCAAUACGCUGCAAUCUGGCCCUGCGACCAUCUCGCUGCCAAUCUGGAGAUGAGGGACGACGGUGACCCGGAGGCGACCCUUGAGGCAGAUCGGAAGGCGAGCGAGAGCUUCCUGAACCACGGCCCACUGCAGCUGGAGAGAAGUUUGAUGUGCCAGGACGACGCCAAUCUGGGACCGGGAGUGGGGAGGAACAGCGAAAACAAGGCGAAGCUUGGGACUGACGCCCGGAAGACCAAGGAGCGGAGGAGCACGCGGCGGCUGAAGAGGUCUGAGAUGGAUCGACGCACGAAGGCGAAGCAGCAGGAGAAGGAGAACGAAGGAGCCGCACUGUUCCGGACACCCAUGCCUGCCAUUGUCAACAAGAAGGCCGUAGGACCCAGAUCGGCGCGGCGUCGCCGUGUUUUCGCAGAAGCUAACCGGAUCCUGGAUGGCUGAUGGUACCAGUACCACCAUGCCUUGAGCUGGAUGCGUUUCAAGUCUGUCUGAUAGGUAUGGCUUUGGGUUGGAGAGCGUUGCCCCCAGAGCUGGACGCUGGUGGACCCUGCUGACCUUUUUAGCUCGGAAGGAACUACUAGAGUAGAGAGCAUGUUCAUGUGUACGUAUGUAUAUAGUAUCAGUACAGUACAGUACAAGGUAUAAGCAUUUCCCGCUUUUGUUUUCAUCUCAAUCCAUGUGCAUUGGA